CAGCCGGUAACCAGAGGAGGGGGCAGCACGGUCGGACAGGAAUGGACCGCACAGGCUAGGCUAGUGUACAAGGCCGAAAAAGCUCGGUCUUUAGUCAGAUAAUAAUAUCACCGAGUAAAACAGCGAUUACGCAUCGAGCGAGCCGACUAUUUGCACAGGCCGGACCCCCUCCUCUCAGUGCUGUAGCCUGCAGCCUUUUCACACACACUCUUGAAUAGACCUCAUUUAGGAACGCUGUUUAAAAUAUAUUGUCAAAGGCAUUUUUGCCUUAUUUAAACGUCGAAUUUAGUAUUUUACGUCGGCGGACGGAUACUACGCCCCGUCCUGCCGGUUUUCCUCUCCGGUUCGACUUUCAGCAGCGUCGCCUCGUCCCCGCUGUUUCUGUCAGCUGCUGCGCAUCAGCAAAACAUGCAGGAUGAGCCUGUGGGGGUGACAACUACACAGUUACCCCCGUCAACCAAGGAAAAGCACCGCAGCAGCACGGUCAGCAAACCCGGAAAGCAGCCGAACCAAACCGACAGCCACGACGACGGCCAGCCGAGCUCGUUCACGCCGGAUUAUAACCACCUAGGGCAGAAGAUAGCUUUCCCCGAUCAUUUCUGCCCAACGCAGUCUAUCUGUGACCUUCAGCACAGCCGAAAAAUACAUCAGCAGUUAGGUCAGCACAUUGAGUUCAGCCCCAAAGAAUCGACCCCACCCCAGGGACAUUUCAGUCACCUGCCGCAGAGGCAGCCCUUCUCCAAGCCCGAACCCAGCGCCGCUGACCCCUGCGGCUCUCCAGUGGAAGAGGCUGAAGCCGAUGCCGCGUCGCCAUCGCCCACUUCCGUAAACCUUAACAAGAUCCAAAUGGACUCCCCUAUCGCCCACCAUUUAAAUAACGGCAAUGGCAGCAGCAGCACCGGCAACAUGUUGUCCGGAGGUCUCGGCGCCGCUUUCCCGAACCUCCCCACCCAGGAGAUGCAGAGCACCAGUGCGGGCUCGUCUUCACCUUCCCUCCCUGGGUUCGGCACCCCUUGGUCCGUUCAGACCAGCUCCUCUCCCCCGCCCGCACCCAACUCCAUCAAUCCCAUCCACGCGAACCCCAUUAACCAGAUGCCCAACGCGGACUCUGACAACAGCUUCUACCCAGGUAUCCCCUCCUCUAUCAACCCGGCCUUCUUCCAGAGUUUUUCGCCGGUGUCAGCUAAUCCGUGCGCCGGGAUUAACGUGCAGGGCUUUAGCGGUCCUUUCUCACCCCAGAUAAACGUCCCUCAGCAGCCGCAAAGUCGCAGGUCCCCGGUCAGCCCCCAGAUGCACCCCCAGCAGGGCGCCUUCCUACAGCAGCGGAACAACUACAACCAACAUCAGCCCAUGGUGAAGCCAUCUCCCUGGGGCAGUCACCAAGGAAAUGGCUGGGGCUCCGGGGGGAUGUCCUGGGGCCGGGACCACCGCAGAGGGAGUGGCAUGGGCGUACCUGGCUCAGUCAGUCAUGUCUCACCCCUGAAGAAGCCCUUCUCGAGCAACGUCAUCGCUCCUCCCAAGUUCCCACGCUCUGGCGGAUCGCUGGGGCCUAAGUCCUGGAUAGAGGAGAACAUGUUUCGCACAGACAGCAACAGCAACACCUUGUUGCCCCUGCAGGAUCGCUCCAGAAUGUACGACAGUCUGAACAUGCACUCCCUGGAGAGCUCUCUGAUUGACAUCAUGCGAGCCGAGCAGGAUCCAAUGAAAGGCCGUGUGGGAUGCCCUAACCCUGGGGCUGACGGCCUACUCAUGCUCAAUGCCAGGAGCUAUGGGAGGCGUCGAGGUCGCUCCUCUCUCUUCCCUAUUGAUGACAAUCUCCUUGAUGACGGCCAUGGCAACCAGGGUGUCCCAGGAGUCCUUGGCUCUCCCAACUGUUACCCUCACCAAAACGGGGAACGCAUCGAGCGCUUCUCUCGUAAGGUGUUUGUGGGAGGUUUACCUCCUGACAUAGACGAAGAUGAAAUAACCUCGAGCUUCCGCCGCUUCGGUCACCUCGUGGUGGACUGGCCACACAAAGCAGAGAGUAAAUCCUACUUUCCGCCUAAAGGAUAUGCGUUCCUGCUGUUCCAGGAAGAGAGCUCAGUGCAGGCUCUGAUUGAAGCCUGUAUGGAGGAGGAUGGGAAGCUUUACCUGUGUGUCUCCAGCCCCACCAUCAAAGACAAGCCUGUGCAAAUUCGUCCUUGGAACCUGAGUGACAGCGAUUUUGUGAUGGAUGGAUCUCAGCCCCUCGAUCCCCGCAAGACCAUCUUUGUGGGUGGUGUCCCUCGUCCCCUGAGAGCAAUUGAGCUGGCCAUGAUUAUGGAUCGUCUCUAUGGUGGAGUGUGCUACGCAGGAAUUGACACAGAUCCAGAGCUCAAGUACCCAAAGGGGGCAGGACGAGUGGCUUUCUCAAACCAACAGAGUUACAUCGCUGCCAUCAGCGCAAGAUUCGUCCAGCUGCAGCAUGGUGACAUUGAUAAGAGGGUGGAAGUGAAGCCCUACGUCCUGGAUGAUCAGCUGUGCGAUGAGUGCCAGGGUGCUCGCUGCGGAGGAAAAUUUGCUCCUUUUUUCUGCGCCAACGUCACCUGUCUUCAGUACUACUGCGAGUUCUGCUGGGCUAACAUCCACUCGCGUGCCGGGCGAGAGUUUCACAAGCCUCUGGUCAAAGAAGGCGCCGACCGCCCUCGCCAGAUUCACUUCCGCUGGAAUUAGAGAUGUGACCCCCAAAAUCUAUGGUAACACAAUUAGGGGAAAGGGAAAUUAAACACUGGCUAACAGGAAAAAGAGCAUCGCUCGGCCUCUCCUGCUUUCUAAGCUAUCAGUAUAAUCGAGUACGUAACACUAUACAGUAUAUACUAUAUAUCUAUAUAUCUUUUGUAGCAGCCAAACACCACAAGCCUCAGUUUUUCACCAAAACCCCCCUCACAUCUCAGGCUCUGACAACUCUACAACUCUUUUGUGGUACUUUCAUCUUUUCUAAGAGGAGAUUUAAAAAGAGAUUGAUUUUUGUAGCUUUUUUUAUUAUCAUUAUUUUUGUAUGUGAGAUUUAACGUAGAUACGGGAAUGUUUUUGCAUGGGGGCAGCUUGUCUGUCUGUCUGUCUGCUGCUAGCCACCCCACGGUGCAUUCAGUGCACACUUGUUUCUGGGAAAACCUCGAUUCUAUAAAGUUGACGCCUCCCCCGGGUCAUUAACCAAAGGUAGAAAAAAAAAAAAGAUAGGAAGCUUAAAAUUGACAUGUUUUCUGCCACAAAGCAAACCGUUGUUUUUUAACUUUGCCAUGGGCUCUUUCUUUUUCUUAGAGAGUUUAUUAAAAUUUAAAAAAGAAAAGAUAAUAGGGUUAUUUUUGCGCUCAUACUGACCCGUAGAGUGAUACCUCAAAAUACAAAAUCUGCUUUUCUGCUAACUGUAUUCAACAUUUAUACUGACCGAGCUAUUUCAGAAGCUUUGCUGCUAUAUAUAUAUACAUAUAUAUGAAUAGAUGUGUAGGUAUUAUAUUUAAUGCCAUUUAUAAACCUGAAUCAUGUAAAAUGAAAUGCAGUAUGCACUCGAACACUUCUGGCCCCCAUUGCCAUAGAAAGAUUUCAGAGUGCAUAUAAUGACAAUAGGCUUAGCUACACAAAUAGCAUGCUGGAUAUAUGUGAGGAAAAAAACAAACCACUGAAAUAAUAAAUACAGACAAGACAUAACAAUUCUAUAACGAGUAGCAUGAUCAUCGAGUACAAAUGCCGAAGAGGGAAAAAAAAAAAUCAGAUGAAGACAAAAGAGUUAAAAAAAACAACAUAUUUAAACUUGCAUGCUUUGAUGUUUCUCUGUUGUUUGAUCCGUUUACAUACUAACAAUACAAAAAGUGAUAUUGGUUCUGCUGUAGACUUAGUGGACGCCAUCACUUUGUAACAUGGUGGCUUGUAUGGCAAAAAAAAAAAAAAAAAAAAUGACAAAAACAAAAAAAAUCCCAUUGAGAAGCAGAGUGGUGUUCAGUGGUUUGUGUUUGUGUGUCGUCCAUGUGCUGUGUGACUGUUGUUAGUGUAGACUGAGGCUCUAGUUUAGUUACAGAUUUCGUAGAGAAGAACGACUCCACCUCCACUCUUCCUAUCCCAUAUAUCUCUGUGCGGUUCCAAAGGCUAAUCUGGUAAAGCAUUACUGGCAGACCAGAUGCAAAAUGAAAGACUUUGUCAGUUUGGAGGACUUAAUGUGACCCUGUCACAUUAAUAAGCAUCGUUUUGAACAUUUUUCACUAAAACUGCUUAUUUUGUAAUGUAACAGUCAGGCUUUCAUGCUGUGUGGCUGCAGCUCCAUAAAUCCAAGGAAAACACUGGCCCGGUUACUGGAAGAUGAAGCACCUCCGCACCUCCUCACCACGCUUACGAUGAGGACAGUGACACGUGGUCUCCUGGCGUGCUAAAGAUGAUCUCUUUCUUUUUAGUUUGUUUGAUUUCCACCUCAACCCUUGAAAGACUCUUUAGGGACAAUCUAUUUUUUUUUGUUGUUGCUGUUGUUUUGUUUUUGUGAGGACGGUGGCCCAGCCGUCUGUUCGGUACUGUACAAGUGUGUCGCUCUCGUGUUGUCGUGGUUUUAGUGUCUCAUGCCCCUGUGUGUGUGUGUGUGUGUGUGUGUGUGUGUGUGUGUGUGCGUGUGCGUGCUCCUUGGUAUCAGUGUUCAGGCGUCAACUGUGUACUGUUACAAAACCUUAAUGAAACUGAGACUAGUUGAGUUGUGUAAUUGAAAUUGUUUGUGUGAACAGUUUACCCAUCACUGGCCCUUCAAUAUGUUUUCUGUUUUUGAUAAUAUAUAUUAUGCACUACUUUUCUAUAUCUCUGCUUGUUUUCCUUCUCUUUCACCCCUUAAAUAAUCUCAGUUCACAAGUAUAAUUCUGUAUAAUUCUACAGACGAUUUAUUCUUUUUUUUUUUCUUGGUUUUUCCGCCUCCAUAACGACUUAUUUAAGAUGUAGCGUGGAGCAGUGGUCUUAAGUUAUCUAUUGUUCUGUGUGAUUAGAGCAAAAAGCAAAUGUUUUCUAAUAUAUUCUAAUAUAGUCUGGAUUUUUGGAAAGGCGUCGCAGGCUGCGACCUGAUGGAGGUGAAAGCUAAAAGACCGGGCGCCGGCUCCUCCCCCUCCCUCCUUUUUUUUUUUGUGGCUUUGGUUCUCAUGGCGUCUGAUGAUGUUUGAAUAUCGUCACCUGUAACACUUGACUCGUGCUGUUUUUUUUGUGAGCUUCUGUUUCUAUGUUAAACACUGUUACUCUGUUCUGUAUGUGUCCUUGCUUUUGUAAAAAUCAUAUUUAUUUCACUAUUUUUGUAGGCAAAAAAAAAAAAAUUUAUUUGAUUUUGAUUGUAUUUUUCUAUUUAAAUAGGACUAAUAUUUCGAUUUCUUUACCCCUGAUUAUGUCCAAAAGUUUUGUUUGACAAAGAAUCAUGUCAUUAGUAACAUCAAAGUUUUUGAUAUACAGCUGAUUCUUAUUUUGAUACACAUAACACGUUUCAUUUGAAGGACGGAAACAUGAAGGUUUUAUUAUAUUCUGGGAAGACACUUGAGAUUCUCCCCUGUUGCAUCGAGGCCCCAGCUGCCUGUCCUCGUAGAUGCUCUGAAACUUGAAUAUAACACAUUUUGAAAGGCUGACUAACCUCGAAUCUGUGUUGUGAUGUGCAAUACUGUUUCUAAUGUUUGUAUAAAAGUAAGAACUACAGUGUAAACCUUUUUAAUGCAGAUUUAUUUUUUUCAUUGCAUAUUUUGCAGAUUUCUGAUCCACAGUGUCAUUUUUUACUGUCAGAAAAAAAUAAACCCCGUUUUUUCAUUGCAAGUAUUUUUAAAUCCAGAUAUCUUUGUACUGAUGUAAAUGAUUGUAGUUAUUUUGGAUAGUGUUUUGCUAACAAAAGGAGAGACUUUUUCAUGCAUAUUUCUAUUUCCUUUCAUCUUGUUUUUUCCCACAUUUUUAUUUCAUUUAAUAGUAGCAGGUUCUUGGAAUAAUUUUUCAUAUUUAAAUGUCAUUGGUAUUAUUUUGUAUUUUUAUGUCGAAAAACACUAUAUAUAAUUUAAAGAUGCUAAUUGCUAAGAUAUUAUUUUGAGUUUAAUUAUUUUUAAAGCUAAAUAUUUGUAAUUUUAUUGUUAAAGUGACUAAUUUCUAAAUCAGAGUUUGUGUAUAGGUUCACAAAAGUGGUUUAUGAGAUGUUUGGAUUGUAAUUAUUACUGAAUGGUUCUUUGAUAUGCAAAAUGAAUAUCAUGUUUAUUUUUAUUUUUGUCUUUGUAUUUAAAUGGGGUGUUGAUUACAAUCUCUUUUUUUUUUCUUCCUUUCUUUCACUUCCUGAAUAAAGACCCAUUCUGUUUGGACAUGAUUUUGUUGGAUAU